AUGCCUGCGGGCGGACGCGUCGCCUUAGUCCACUGCACCAUUGACCUGCCUCGUAGGGAUGAAAGGAGAUGGAGGGCUGUCAAGAACUUCUGUGAGGAGGUAUUUGCUUUUAAAGAAAGUGAUGAGCGGGCCCGAGAACUAGAUCCUUUGGCCUCUGAAGUAAGAAGAAGAGAACGACCUCGGCUUGUUUUGCGUGACAGAUUGGUCUCACACUACUCAGUUUGA